AUGAUAUCUCCGUCUCGUCGACAGCAUCAGCCGGAGUCUCUAUCUGUGGAAUCGUCGUCUGUCUCUCUCGUCGCCGCAUCACCCUUGCUCUCCUCGAAGAUUCCUCCAGAGUCUCUAUUAGGUUUAGAUCCUCGAUCAACUGCAAAUUUGUUCCUUGAUGCGACAUGCAUCAGAAACAAAAUUAUCAACGGCGAGGAUUUUUUUUAUAUUAAACCUGGAGACAAUUCCAGCGAGGAUUUUUUUAUGUUAAACCUGGAGACAAUUCCAGCGGUUAGAGAGGCUCAAAGCUGUUCAAUUUUGAGAUCAUUAAUCACACGAUGUGGGGUUAUUUUAGCCAACGAACGGGAUAUAUUGAUUCAGGAUGAAAACUCGAGACUUCUGAGUAUGCGUACCAAGGAAGGUGACGUUUUCUGGGAGACUAGUUCUGAAUUGGUGAUGGAUGAUUACCAGUACGCUCUGUUCGAAAUUACGCUGGUGUAG